UGAAUUGCGAAGCUAAACUUUCGGUACGCCAGGCCACACUGGAACUUUCACGGCUGUUUCCACCCUGGCGCACGUUAGCGAGUAGCCGUUUCCGGCUUAUCAAUCUGCGCAGCGGAAGUAGCGGAAAGAAAACGUGCUUUGAACUUGAGUUAAGAACACUAUACAUAAACCCAAACAAUAAUCCCUGAUUUCCCUACCAGAAGUUUUCUCGAGAAAAUGAACCAGAAAGCUCUACAGACGCUGCUUCCUGCAAGAGGACCAUUCAAUUCAUCCAGUUGUUUUUUAAUCAAGAUAAUGUACUCUCUGCCUUUGCAAAGAAAUGUUGAAUGAUGUAAGAUGUCUGGCUGCAAAAGGCCUCGUCAAAGUGAUCAAUCUUCAAUUACAUACAGGUGGAACCAAGUUGAGUGGUCAUCUUUUGACCUUACUGAUGUUGUCCCUGAGCAAAAUGCCUCUACACACUCCGAGGAAAAAAAGCAAAGUAGCAUAAAUACUAAACUGAAGCAGCCUAAGAUACUGAGCACAGCAGAGCUCAUCUCAGCAGUGGGGCAGAUAUGGAGUCUUGUAAAUCCUCUUGCUAUUUCGGAAUCAGAGGCAAAAUCAUAUCAUAAUGGUAGUGGCUCUCAAGAAAGUGUUAGCUUGGGUGAUCUGGCUCGGGAAGAUGGUUUGGCAGCUUUAAAAGAUGAUGAUGCUAGAUACUUAAGUGUUGACGCAAAGACUGCUUGUAACAUUAAACCUUCUGUGCAUCCAAAGCCAGAGUUUCUUACAGUAACCCAGAAGUUGUCAGUGUUUCAACCUUGUAGGGGGGAUUAUACUUGUCCAUUAUUCUCACAUUUUUUCAAGGGAUAAAAAAUUAUCAAAUGAGUAUGGGACGGGAAAGGGGCUAGCAAGUGUAGGAAUUUCAUAUAAAUGGGAAAGGAUUUAUGGAUGGAUGAAAGAAAUAAUGCCUGCUGAAUCACAGUAUCCUGUCAAUGUCACUAAGAUUGAGGAAAGAAUCUCAAUAAAUCUGCACUUCAGGAAGUACAGUCAACCAUGCUUAUGGCUGCAUUUCCAGAGAUGCAACUCAUACUGGAAAUAACUUUGCUUUAAGAAGAGCUGACUGCUACUCUGAUUCAGUCAAAUCAAAAGAUACAUUAGUAGGUGAUAAUAUGGAAGUAGCAAAGAAGACAGGAACAAUCAGCUACCUCUGCUCUGAUUAUUUCAUUGGGACUCUUCAUGAUAACAAUGUACAUUGUAGUUUCAAGGGCACCAAGUUCUACUCUUUAUGUAGAUUAUCAUAUUUACUUUUUAGAUACACAGAAGAGUACAUAUGGAAAAUUCAAACAUCACACUGAUGACAAUCAAAUGGCUGAGACAAGAAAACAACCUCAAAAGUUUGUUGUUGAGGACAAAAAUGUAAUGGAGGUUUGUACAUCAGCAUGUGCAAGACCGCAUUAUGCCCUUGCUAAGCAAGAGCAUGCUUAUGCAGGUGCAUUUUCUGGUAUAUUCGUUAGCCUUUGUCUACAUCCUGUUGACACAAUAAAGACAGUUACUCAAUCUUGCCGUAGAGAGCAGAAGUCUAUCUGUGACAUUGGAAGGUCAAUUGUUUCUGAAAGAGGCCUUGUGUAGAUUGACAAGAUAGAAUUUUCAGGUGUAACUGGGCUUUAUCGUGGAAUUGCUAGCCAUAUUGCAUCUUCAGCUCCAAUUUCUGCCAUUUACACUUUUACAUAUGAAUCAGUUAAAGGAACUCUGCUUCCUCUUUUCUCCAAGGAAUAUCACUCUGUCGCCCAUUGUGUUUCAGGUGGAUGCGCGAGCAUUGCAGCUUCCUUUGUGUUUACUCCCAGUGAGCAUGACUUCAUCUGGCGGUGUGCUCAUUACGAAUUUACUCAAUCACUGGAGUUAUUUCAAAGGAAUGCCUGAUUGGAAUAAUUGGAAAGGUGGUUUACCUUCACUAUAUGCAGGUUGGGGGGCUGUACUGUGCCGGAAUGUUCCACACUCAAUUAUAAAGUUUUACACAUAUGAAAGCUUGAAGCAGUUGAUGUUGUCAUCACAAAAUUCGCAUGAUCAACCCAACACAUUACAAACACUAGUUUGUGGAGGCCUAGCAGGAUUCACUGCUGCUUUAUUCACAACUCCUUUUGAUGUGGUGAAGACAAGAUUACAGAUACAGAUUCCUGGUUCCUUGAGCCAAUAUGACAAUGUGUUUCAUGCCCUUAAAGAAAUAGGCAAGAAUGAAGGCUUGAAGGGCCUCUACAGGGGAUUAAUUCCUAGAUUGGUUAUGUAUAUGUCUCAAGGAGCACUAUUCUUUGCAUCAUAUGAAUUUUUUAAGGGACAAUUUUUUUUUGGAAGUUCCACAUUUUAAUGCUCAAAGGAUUGAGUAUAAAGAAAGCAAGAAAGAUGAUCCAGCAGGAUUGCAAAUGCCAUCAUAAUCAGCAUCACAGGCAUCCUGAUCCUCUCAUCAUCGCAAAAGGAUGCAUGGUUUGCAUUCAUGAUUAUAUGAUACGGAUACCCUUUUGUGAUGGCAUGGGAUGAAGAAACGAGACAUUCCCCAGCAAUAAGCAUAGAUGGGACUGCAGCUCCUAACAUGGAAUUGCGUUUGCCAUUUUGUGGUGCUGAAAUGAGAUAUUAUCAAUUCUGCUUUCCCAUUUUUAGGUGACAUUUGCAUGGUUGAAAAACAUUGACAAGGAUGAACCUACCAAUUUUGCUGUAAAAUUGAUAUACCUGGUUCCCAAACGGUGGUACGGGAGCCAAAUCUUUUUGUCCAUUGAAUCAUUGUAACUUCUGUUAUGAAUAAUCUUACCCUGCAAAUGCCUGAAAUUAGUCGGCUAUUGUAACGAUUCUUCCAACGGGUUUCCCUAAGCCAAAUGCAUCUUGGUUGUGAGCUAAUUAUUAGAU